AUGUUCUGCAAAAGGUGGAAAAAACAAGACCAGGCGAUUAAAGGCAAAGAAAAAGAAGAAGAAGAAGAAGAAGAAGAAGAAGAAGAAGAAGAAGAGGAAGAAGGGGAGGAGGAGGAGGAGGAGGAGGAAGAAGAAGAAGAAGAAGAAGAAGAAGAAGAAGAAGAAGAAGAAGAAAGCAUCGUGAGCAGAACUGGAAAUGCGAGUAUUCGUCCCCUCCACCUGACUUCCUUUCCCUUUCCUGCCAGCGCUUACCACUUCUCCGCCUUGUUUGUUUAG